AUGCCAGUUCUCAAGCCUACCGCGGAAUGGGGCCAUUGUGUACCUCCCGAGUCAAAAUACGGCAUCACAACCUACAUGCCCAGCUGGGAGUCGGCAGCCAAGGUCCGUGAUGGCGACAAAAGCAUAAUAUCCCGCGUGGUACACAUAUACCCUAGAUUCGGGCCCUUUGGACCCGUCGCCCAGACUCUUAUGGCCAUCUGCGCCAAGAUUCAAACUCCUGAAGGCCAUGGAGCGCUCUACUUCACUUCUCCUGCCUCCUUCGCCGCUGUACGCGACCACUCUCUUCACGCCCAUCGCAAGGAACACAUCCUGACCGACGAAGACCUGGGUUACCGGUGCGUCGAUAUUGGUGACGUGCGGCUGUAUCUCGUUACGUAUCCCAUGCCCAAGACACCCGGCGUCAUCGGUGCCUGGCAGAAUCCUGGAAUUGGGGUCUCCAUUCGUUUGGCAGAGAAGCUGCUGCAGGACAUUGAAACUCUAAAAGAAGUCAAUGUCGAGAUGGGUUCGCCGCCUCCACCGACGAAGUAUCUCCCUGAGGGCGAGGCCCAUGGCAAGCUGAGGGAACGCAUCACGGGACUUUUGCACAGAGCCGCCGUCGACCACGAGAAAGUCAAGGCCGAGAGCAAAGACGUGUUCCUGUACUCCACAGGAAUGGCUGCCAUUUUCGCUGCUCACAAGACCGUCCUCGAGUAUCGACCCGGCGCCGUUGCAAUUCUUGGCGUUGCUUUCCACAGCACUGUGCACUACAUUCAAGAGUCUUCGCCUCAUGGGUAUAAGCACUUUGGGCCGGUUGACGCAAAAGGUCUGGACGGUUUUGAGAGUUGGCUCGACGAAGAGGCCGCCAUGGGGAGGGAUGUGAGCUAUGUCAUCACUGAAUUCCCUAGCAACCCCUUGCUUGCAAGCAUUGAUAUCGGGCGUCUCAAGAAACUUCUCCAGGCCGAAAAGCACAAGUUCAUACUCGUUCUCGACGACACCCUCGGCUCCUUCGCCAACAUCGACGUCCUCUCGGAGUCCGACAUCCUCGUUUCUUCCCUCACAAAAUCGUUUUCGGGGUAUGCAAACGUCCUGGGAGGCAGCGUCGUCCUGAACCCGCUUUCGCCACACUACUCUGUCCUCUCAUCACUUUGGUUCAAGACGUUUCACAAUGAGCUCUUCGUCGGUGACGCCGAGGUCUUGCUCUCCAACUCUGAAGACUACCUCCAACGCACUGCAGUCCUCAACCAAAACGCCGCUGCCAUGGCCAACCACCUACACGCUCACGCCAAAAACCCAUCAUCACCCAUUCUCAGGGUUCUCUACCCACCUCUCCUCCCAGACUACGAGACCUAUAAGGCUCGCCUCCGGAAGCCGACCUCUGAUCUCCCAGAGCCGGGAGCAGGGUGUCUCCUGAGCAUUGACUUUGACUCCAUUGCCGCGGCGCGCGCAUUCUAUGACCAGCUAGCAUUCUAUCCUGGUCCCCAUCUCGGAGCUCACCGCACACUCAGCUUUGCGUACAACAUGCUCGCGUUUGGUAGGGACCCCGACGAGGCGGCAUACCAUCGGUCGUACGGUAUUCUGGAGGAGACGGUGCGCAUCUCGGCGGGCUUGGAGGAUGCGCAAGACCUUUUGGACACGUUGGAUGACGCGUUAGCUGUUGCUCAGGAAACGAAGGACAAGUUGGCGGAGGGCCCAGUGACAGUGGAGGCCGCUGUUGGGUCGGGUAUUGCCGCUUGA